AUGGGAGGUGUCACCAUGGGAGGUGUCACCGUGGGGGGUGUCACUGUCAUGGGAGGUGUCACCAUAGGGGGUGUCACCGUCAUGGGAGGUGUCACCAUCAUGGGAGGUGUCAUUGUCAUGGGAGGUGUCACUGUCAUGGGAGGUGCCAAACCCCUGGGAGACGUCACUGUGGAAGGUGCCACCACAGGAGGUGUCACCACCAUGGGAGGUGUCACUUUUAGAGAUGUCCCUGUUGUAGAUGCCACCAUGGGAGAUGCCACCACUGUUGGAGGUGCCACCAUGGGUGAUGUUCCUUUUGGAGAAGCCACCACCGUGGGAGAUGUCACUGAGGGAGGUGGCACUGUGGGAGGUGGCACUGUGGGAGGUGGCACCAUUGGAGAUGUCACCAUUGGAGAUGUCCCUGUUGGAAAUGCCACCACUGUGGGAGGUGUCACCAUUGGAGAUGCCAAGGUGGGAGAUGCCACCAUGGGAGACGUCACCAUGGGAGGUGCCACCACUGUGGGAGAUGUCCUUGUUGGAGGUGCCACCACAGGAGAUGCCACCGUGGGAUGUGAUGCCACAGGAGGUGCCACCACCAUGGGAGAUGUCACUGUUGGAGAUGCCACCAUUGGAGAUGCCACCACUGUGAGAGGUGUCACCAUUGGAGAUGCCAGGGUGGGAGAUGCCACCACGUGUGAUGCCACCACCAUGGGAGAUGUCACCGUUGGCGAUGCCACCAUUGGAGAUGCCACCACAGUGGGAGAUGUCACCAUGGGAGGUGCCACCACAGUGGGAGAUGUCCUUGUUGGAGAUGCCACCAUUGGAGAUGCCACCACAACGGGAGAUGUCCUUGUUGGAGACGUCACCAUUGAAGAUGUCACUGUUGGAGAUGUCACCACCAUGGGAGGUGCCGUCAUGGUGGGUCAUGACAUGAGAGGUGCCACCACCGUGGAAAACGUCAUUGUGGCUGAUGUCACCCUGGGAGACGCCACCACUGGAGGUGCCACCAUGGGAAGUGACACUUUUGGAGAUGUCACCAUGGGAGGUGGCGGCACAAGAGGUGUCACCACCACUGGAGAUGCCACCGCUGUCGGAGAUGUCACCGUGGGAGAUGAAGCCGUGAGAGGAGCCACCACCAUGGGAAGUGCCAUCACAGUGAGAAACGUCACCGUGGGAGAUGUCACCUCUGCAGGUGCCACCGUGGGAGAUGCCACCACGAGAGAUGAUGCCAUGAGCAGAGCCACCAACAUGGGGGUGGUCACUGUGGGAAUUGUCACCACCAGAGACGUCACCACCCUGGGAGCUGUCACCGUGCCGGGAGAUGCCACCAUGGCAGAAGCCACCAGAAGAAGAGUCACCAUGAGAGAGGACGCCAUGGGAGGUGCCACCACUGUGGGAAAGGUCCCUGUGGGAGGUGCCACCGUAGGAGAUGCCACCACAGCUGGAGGUGUCACCGUGGGAAAUGUCACCGUGAGUAAUGUAACUGUGGGAGGUGCCACCACCAUGGGAGAUGCCACCAUGGGAGAUGCCACCAUGGGAGAUGCCGCCAUGGGAGGUGAUGCCGUGGGAGAUGCCACCAUGGGAGAUGCCACCACUGUUGGAGAUGCCACCACUGUGGGAGAUGCCACCGUGGGAGGUGAUGCCAUGGGAGAUGCCACCAUGGGAGAUGCCACCACUCUUGGAAAUGUCACUGUAGGAAAUGUCACCAUGGGAGAUGAUGCCACCACCAUGGGAGAUGCCACCAUGGGAGAUGCCACCACUCUUGGAGAUGCCACCAAGGGAGUGGGAGAUGUCCUUGUUGGAGAUGCCACCAUUGGAGAUGCCACCACAGUGGGAGAUGUCCUUGUUGGAGAUGCCACCAUUGGAGAUGCCACCACAGUGGGAGAUGUCCUUGUUGGAGACGUCACCAUUGAAGAUGUCACUGUUGGAGAUGUCACCACCAUGGGAGGUGCCGUCAUGGUGGGUCAUGACAUGAGAGGUGCCACCACCGUGGAAAACGUCAUUGUGGCUGAUGUCACCCUGGGAGACGCCACCACUGGAGGUGCCACCAUGGGAAGUGACACUUUUGGAGAUGUCACCAUGGGAGGUGGCGGCACAAGAGGUGUCACCACCACUGGAGAUGCCACCGCUGUCGGAGAUGUCACCGUGGGAGAUGAAGCCGUGAGAGGAGCCACCACCAUGGGAAGUGCCAUCACCGUGAGAAACGUCACCGUGGGAGAUGUCACCUCUGCAGGUGCCACCGUGGGAGAUGCCACCACGAGAGAUGAUGCCAUGAGCAGAGCCACCAACAUGGGGGUGGUCACUGUGGGAAUUGUCACCACCAGAGACGUCACCACCGUGGGAGCUGUCACCGUGCCGGGAGAUGCCACCAUGGCAGAAGCCACCAGAAGAAGAGUCACCAUGAGAGGAGAUGCCACCGUGGGAGACGACGCCAUGGGAGGUGCCACCACUGUGGGAAAGGUCCCUGUGGGAGGUGCCACCGUAGGAAAUGCCACCACAGCUGGAGGUGUCACCGUGGGAAAUGUCACCGUGGGAAAUGUCACUGCGGAAGGUGCCACCACCAUGGGAGAUGCCACCGUGGGAGGUGCCACCAUGGGAAGUGAUGCCAUGGGAGAUGCCACCAUUCUUGGAGAUGCCACCAAGGGAGAUGCCACCAAGGGAGGUGAUGCCAUGGGAGAUGCCACCAAGGGAGAUGCCACCACUCUUGGAAAUGUCACUGUAGGAAAUGUCACCACAGGAGAUGAUGCCACCACUGUGGGAGAUGCCACCAACAUUAGAGAUGCCACCGUGGGAGGUGAUGCCAUGGGAGGUGAUGCCGUGGAAGGUGCCACCACUCUUGGAGAUGUCACUGUAGGAAAUGUCACCACGGGAGAUGAUGCCACCACCAUGGGAGGUGCCACCAUGGGAGGUGAUGCCAUGGGAGAUGCCACCACUCCUGGAGAUGCCACGGUGGGAGAUGCCACCACCAUUGGAGAUGCCACCGUGGGAGGUGAUGCCAUGGGAGAUGCCACCACCAUUGGAGACGCCCCUGUUGCAGGUGCCACCACCAUGGGUGCUGUCACCAAAGGAAGUCCCGGUGCCACCAGGGGUGAUGUCACCACAGGAAGUCCCAGUGCCACCAUGGUUUGA